AGCUGGUAAGACAACUAAUUACAAAUUUAAAAAGAGCAAAAUGCAUCACAUGUAAAAGAAAAAAUAAAUGUGAAGAUCAAGAUCAUAAUGAAAGAUUAUGUCUACAGGAACAAUUUGUAUAAAAUGAAUUAUUAUAAUGGAACCAUUAGGCCAACGCUUCUCUCAGAAUAUUCAUUAAAUUCUUCAGAAGAGAACACAGAAUGGGAGGAAUCAACUUUAUUUGGACUUAAGAUUUCGCUAUCUAUUCUCUUGUCUAUUUUAACAUUAGCAACUCUUCUUUCAAAUGCUUUUGUUAUUAUUACUAUAUUUAAAAGUCGAAAACUACAUACUCCUGCAAAUUAUUUAAUUGGUUCAUUGGCUUUUACAGAUUUGUUGGUGUCCAUUUUGGUUAUGCCCAUUAGUAUCGUAUACACUGUCACUCACGCUUGGACAUUUGGCCAAGUCAUAUGUGACAUUUGGUUGCUUUCAGACAUCACAUGUUGUACUGCUUCAAUACUCCAUCUCUGUGUCAUUGCCUUGGAUAGAUAUUGGGCCAUCACUGAUGCUCUAGAAUAUUCUAAACACCGUACAGCUAGGAGAGCUGCCUUAAUGAUUUCUGUGGUGUGGGUUAUAUCUAUUUGUAUAUCCAUCCCACCACUAUUUUGGAGACAAGCCAAAGCUCAAGAAGAACUGACAGACUGUUCUGUUAACACAGAUCAAAUCUCAUACACCAUAUACUCAACCUGUGGUGCAUUCUAUAUACCAACUCUACUAUUAAUUAUUUUGUAUGGUAGAAUUUAUAUAGCAGCUCGCUCAAGGAUUCUCAAGCCCCCUUCCAUUUAUGGAAAAAGGUUUACAACUGCUCAUCUAAUUACCGGAUCAACUGGUUCUUCCUUUUGUUCAGUCAACACAAGUACACAUAUUGGUCAUUCCAGUGGAGAUGGAACUCCUGUCUGCAUCAACCACAUCAAGAUAAGACUAGCAGGUAGCAUUCUAGAAAGGAAGAGAUUGUCUGUUGCAAGAGAGAGGAAGGCAACCAAGACACUUGGGAUAAUUCUUGGUGCUUUCAUAGUGUGCUGGCUACCCUUCUUUGUAGUAUCUUUGGUCUUACCAAUUUGUAGUGAAGCUUGUUGGUUUGAUCCCAUAUUGUUUGAUUUUUUCACUUGGCUGGGAUAUCUAAACUCACUUAUCAACCCUGUUAUAUAUACAUCUUUUAAUGAGGAUUUCAAACGAGCAUUCCAAAGACUUAUAAAAAUGAAAACUAUUUCUUAAAAGUUUAACUGUUUAU